AUGGCGUCUGCUCGGUGGCCCUGCCUCCUUGUGGCCCUGCUCUCCAGCUCCGUGGCCUUUGGCUUCCCAAGAAGCCCCUCCCGGCCACUUGAAAAACGCAGCGUUGUGGAAGAGAAGUCUGGCGACAUUGAAGUCUACAGUACCAAGGUCAGCUGCAAGGUGACCUCCCGCUUUGCUCACAAUGUUGUCACCACGAGGGCCAUCAACCGGGCAGAUGCCGCCAAGGAGGUUUUCUUUGACGUGGAGCUGCCCAAGACGGCUUUCAUCACCAACUUCACGCUGACCAUCGACGGUGUUACCUACCCUGGUAAUGUCAAGGAGAAGGAAGUCGCAAAGAAGCAGUAUGAAAAGGCUGUGUCCCAGGGCAAGACAGCUGGUUUGGUCAAGGCCUCUGGGCGGAAGUUGGAGAAAUUCACGGUGUCAGUCAAUGUGGCUGCGGGCAGCAAUGUCACGUUUGAGCUAACCUACGAAGAGCUGCUGAAGAGGAACAAGGGCAAGUACGAGAUGUAUCUUAAGGUCAAGCCCAAACAACUGGUCAAGGACUUUGAGAUCCUGGUAGACAUCUUUGAGCCCCAGGGCAUUAGCCUGCUGGAUGCUGAGGCCUCAUUCAUCACUAAUGACCUCCUGGAAAGCGCCCUCACCAAGUCCUUCUCAGGGAAAAAGGGCCAUGUGUCCUUCAAGCCCAGCUUGGACCAACAGCGCUCAUGUCCAACCUGUGGAGAAACCCUCCUCAACGGAGACUUCAUCAUAACCUACGAUGUGAACAGAGAGUCUCCGGCCAACGUGCAGAUAGUCAAUGGCUACUUUGUGCACUUCUUUGCACCUCAAGGCCUUCCUGUGGUGCCUAAGAAUCUGGUCUUCGUGAUUGAUGUCAGCGGCUCCAUGGAAGGCCGGAAAAUAAAGCAGACCAAGGAUGCCCUCCUCAAAAUCCUGGAGGAUAUAAAAGAGGAGGACUACCUGAACUUCAUCCUGUUUGCUUCUGCUGUGACCACUUGGAAAGACACUUUAGUUCAAGCCUCUCCUGAGAACAUCCAGGAGGCCAGGGAGUUUGUGAAGAACAUUGGAGCUAACGGAGGGACCAACAUCAAUGACGGGCUGAUGACAGGCAUCAGCAUGCUGAACAAGGCCCGGGAGGAGCACACAGUGCCGGAGAGGAGCACUUCCACUGUCAUCAUGCUGACUGACGGGGAACCCAAUGUUGGUGAGAGCAGACCCGAUAAAAUACAGGAGAACGUGCUGAGUGCCAUUCAAGGCAAGUUCCCCUUAUACACCCUGGGCUUUGGCAGAGAUGUGAAUUAUAACUUCCUGGAAAGCUUGGCCCUGGAGAAUGAUGGUUUUGCCCGGCGCAUUUAUGAGGAUUCUGAUGCCACCUUGCAGCUUCAGGACUUCUAUGAGGAGGUGGCCAACCCGCUGCUGACAGGAGUGGAGGUGGAGUACCCUGAGAACGCUAUCCUGGACCUGACCCGCAACACUUACCAGCACUUCUACGAUGGCUCUGAGAUCGUGGUGGCUGGGCGCCUGAUGGACAAGGACAUGAACAACUUUAAGGCAGAUGUGAAGGGCCACGGGGCGCUCACUGACCUGACCUUCACAGAGGAGGUGGACUUGAAGGAGAUGGAGAAGGCCCUGCAGGAGCAGGACUACAUUUUCGGGAGCUACAUUGAGCGGCUCUGGGCCUACCUCACCAUUGAGCAGCUGUUGGACAAACGCAAGAAAGCCCAUGGAAGUGAGAAGGAGAACCUCACAGCCCAGGCCCUGGAACUGUCCCUCAAAUACCACUUUGUGACCCCACUGACCUCCAUGGUGGUGACCAAGCCUGAGGACAGUGACAACCAGAUGGCUAUUGCUGACAAGCCCGGGGAAGGGCCUCAGGAAUCAGUGUCCCCCGCCACGGCUUACAUGACCAGCUACCAACCUCCUUCUAAUCCCUACUAUUAUGUGGAUGGAGACCCCCACUUCAUCAUCCAAGUCCGAGGGAAUAAGGAUGCCAUCUGCUUCAACAUUGAUGAAGAACCAGGCACAGUGCUGCGCCUCAUUCAAGACCCCAUUACAGGCUUAACAGUAAAUGGGCAGAUCAUUGGUGACAAGGGAAACGGCUCAAACUCUAAGAACAGAAAGACUUACCUUGGCAAAGUGGGCAUUGUCAACUCUCAGAUUGACUUCCGGAUUGAGGUGACCACAGAGAAGAUUACUCUGCAGAAUGGGGCUGCACAGAGUACUUUCAGCUGGCUGGAUACAGUCACGGUCACCUCAGAAAGGUUCUCCUUGAAGAUCAACAAGGAGGCUCUGGUGGUCUCCUUUGGAAAAGGGAUCACUUUUAAGGUGGUUCUGCACCAGGUGUGGAAGAAACAGGCCGUCCACCUGAACUAUCUGGGCUUCUACGUGCUGGACAGUGACAAGAUGUCAACAAAGUCACAUGGGCUGCUGGGACAAUUCUUCCGCCCCCUUGCUUUUAAAGUGUCUGACUUCAACCCAGGCAAUGACCACUCAAAGAUACAUGCCACCAUGCUGGUGAAGAAACAUCGGCUGGCAGUCACCAGGGGCUACCAGAAAGACUACAGGAAGGAUGUCCAUAAUGGCACACAUGUGGGCUGCUGGUUCGUCCACAACAACGGCCAAGGGGUGAUUGACGGGGUCCACAGUGACUACAUUGUCCCUGACCUAUUCUGA